CUUAACGACUGAGCCACCCAGGCGAUCCCUCUGUGGAGGUCUUGAUGCUGGUCUUUCAUUUGUUCUCUUGGUUCUCUUCUUCCAGUCUCAAAGAUCGCACAGGUGCCGCCUGAGAUGGGCAGAGACGCAGGACACUGACCUAAUAUAGUUUUCUUUCUCCACUUAGAACUAUUGCACAGAGUUCCGAGUACGUAAAGGUCAGUAGCUGCUUCGAUCUCAGCAGGAGCUGAGGUGAGCAGGUGCUGAUCUUGCAUCGUGUCUCCCUUUGGCCAGACGCACGUGCCUCUGACUUCCUUUGCUCAGGUGCCGGGAUCGCUAAUGAAUCAUGCUGUCUCUGCCGGUGGCUGCAGGUGGGAGGCAAACACAGGUGGAAGAGCUCCUGGCGUGGCUGACGUCACACGCCCUACGCGUCCACGUCAUUCACAAAUUAUGAGGCUAUAAAAGGCACGUGUGCUGCUCAUCUCAUCAUUUCACAGAUUCAUCUGCACCCAAUUAUGUCAGCCCUCAUGCAGGAGGACCACCAGCAAUUUCCCACAGCUUUUCUUACAUCACGAGAGUGACUACGUUCCUCCCAGCCCCAGUCCCAGGAUGCAGGUGGAGGUAGCAGUUAUCAAGGAGCCCCAGGUCCCAGGCGCACAGAAAACUGCAACUCUUGGCUGAUCGUAUAGUGAAGGGAAUGGAGAAUCGCAGUGUAAAUGGCACAUCUGUUGCAGGUGUGGAUAAAGAAGUUCAGGAAAGUAUUCAUUUCUUCUGUGGGCAGCGGAGUCAAAGGAAGCAAUGAACAAAAUGCUUAGUAAAUACAGGUAGAACGUGUGUUAUGCAGCACGUGCAAAACCUAGCAAAAAUUAUUUUGAAUUUGCUAAGCCGUAAUCUGUCAGAAAUGGCUUUUCUCAUGCAAAAUCAUGCUAUGAAUGUUCAUGAUUGUGAGAUAUUUUUCCAGAUGAAAAUUGAUGGUAGCUACUUUAAUGCAGAAAGAGCUAUGCUCAUUAUUCUCCACACAGAACCCCUGGCAAUAAUUUACCUAGCAGAGCCGCAGCUCAUGCAGAUCAAAGCUGCAUUAUUUAAGUGUGUCCAGGGGGCAGAUUUGAGCUCCGUGUGCCUUAUACUUUAAAGGGAAAGAAAUAUAUAUUGGUUUGCUUCUUGAGAAACAAAAUAUGUUUAAUAGGUGCUUCGUGCAAGUCCCACAAAACUCAAACGAAUUCCUCCUAUUAUGUGGGACGAAACCGCUCCUACCCUCAAUACUGUAAAAUCUGAGGGGAGUACAGAACAACUGUGGGAAUGUAAAUCUCUUCAAAUGAACAGCAGUGCAUUCUCAUUUAGAUUAAACCCGAAUGUGAACUAGAUUCAGGAGAGGAAAUGGCAGAGAGGGAGAUACUCUGGAGUUGCUAUAGAAUGUGCCUGGCUGCUUUCGCUCCCAGAAACUGAUGAAGCCCAACUCUGAAAUUUCAGGCAAUUUGUAUACCAAGCUCCUCCUUUUCUGUAGUCUUCUCUUCCAUUGGUAAAAUUCUUUUGCAGGGUCAUGUAGGGAUCCCACCCCUUCUCUGUGUUUUCACUCUGAAGCUCUAUACAACUUUACACCUGAAUGAACGCCAAAUCUCACUGGAUAUAUAAAGGGGACCUUGAGGAGGAAUUUCACAGUUACAGUGCAGAAGAAGCAGAAGGAAAGGAAUUAACCAGCUCUCCAGCCAAGCAAAUCCUCUCCUCACCAUGCUUCCUCCUGCCAUUCAUUUCUAUCUCAUUCCCCUUGCAUGCAUCCUAAUGAAAAGCUGUUUGGCUUUUAAAAAUGAUGCCACAGAAAUCCUUUAUUCACAUGUGGUUAAACCUGUUCCAGCUGGUUCCAACACCAGCAGCAACAGCACGAUGAAUCAAGCCAGAAAUGGAGGCAGGCAUUUCAGUAACACUGGACUGGAUCGGAACACUCGAGUUCAAGUGGGUUGCCGGGAACUGCGUUCCACCAAAUACAUCUCUGAUGGCCAGUGCACCAGCAUCAGCCCUCUGAAAGAGCUGGUGUGUGCUGGCGAGUGCUUGCCCCUGCCCGUGCUCCCCAACUGGAUUGGAGGAGGCUAUGGAACAAAGUACUGGAGCAGGAGGAGCUCCCAGGAAUGGAGGUGUGUCAAUGACAAAACGCGUACCCAGAGAAUCCAGCUGCAGUGCCAAGAUGGCAGCACGCGCACCUACAAAAUCACAGUGGUCACCGCCUGCAAAUGCAAGAGGUACACUCGGCAGCACAACGAGUCCAGUCACAACUUUGAGAGCAUGUCGCCUGCCAAGCCAGCCCAGCACCACAGAGAGCGGAAAAGAGCCAGCAAAUCCAGCAAGCACAGCCUGAGUUAGGACUCAGACUCUCCAAACCAGACUGACUCGUAACCAUCUGCUUUACAGAUUCGAUUGCUUGGAAGACUCGAGCCUGCCAUUGCUAUUCUGUUACUUGAAAAUAUAUGCUUUCUGCUUUGAUCAAACCCACCAAGCUGUCCUAAGUAUCAGGACCUUCUUUGGGAAUAGCUUUUCCUUUUCCAGUUUUUCAAGAUGUAUGCAUAUCCAAGAGGGCGAUUUGCAUUUAAAUCCCAGACAACCUGUAGUUUUAAUUCCCCAUGGUUCUCGAAAGACUGGUGGUACUGUAUACAUCACUGAAUCAUUACUUUUUAAAACAGAAAAGGGCUUCUUGUUUACCCUCCACUCCCCAACCCAUCCCCACUCCCAUCCCCCAAAAACCCCUUCAAAAUUAAAAAGUUAAAAAAAAAAUAGUUGCCACGAAUCUUCACAGUAACACUUCAGAAAGGUGCUUUUUUUUUUUUUUUUUUUUUUUUGGUAAUCUUCAUGGGAACAGUUUAGCAGCCAUGAGUGAUCUCCUUUGAAAGAGGGCAAGAUAUUGUGACAUUUCACUUUAAAAAUCAGCCCUGUAGCUUUUGACAGUCUCAUAGUAUGAAAUUAUACCCUGCAUGCUGACCCUUGCUUAGAAUGGAAUGCCAGAAAUGCAUGGCAGCAGCUAAUAAGUAAAACUGAUGAACUAUUUAUUUGUCAAUGUUAUUAUUUAAUGAGCUUUCACAUGUGAUUUUUUUCAAAAUGUUAAUUUUUUAUGUUUUGAAGCUUUUUCAUGUACCUAAAUAUUUUCCUGUAUGAUUUGUGGUUGAUCUAGAAAUAUGAGAAUACAUGUUGUAGAUAUGUAAAAUAAAUAUUUUAGUCUCCUUAUUACAUAUAUGUGACAUCAUGAACUUUAUCAAUAGUAUGGAUCUUUUUAAAUCAAUAAGAUGCUUUGUAAAGCUGAAAUAUGUAAUACUUUUUUUGUUUAAUCCGUGCAAUCAGAAGGUGAUUUAACCUUCAAUUCCAUCAGUUUCUUUUAACAAAAAUAAACACCGCUAA